AUGGAUAAAUCAUCUAUAAACGAAGACGUGGAUCCAGUCUAUCCAAUUGCCGAACGUAUGCUGGGAGACCACAAAGCGAACGUUGAAGACAUUGUCAAAUAUGAAGAAAUGUGGGAGUCAAGUAUUAACACUCCCGACAUAUUCUUUGGAGACCUUGCACGUGAACUCUUGAGUUGGACAAAACCUUUUGAGAGAGUUCAACAGGGCAGCUUCCACGAGGGAGACAUUGCCUGGUUCCUGGAAGGAGAGUUGAAUGCGUGUUAUAAUUGUGUUGACAGAUAUGCUCUCGAAACACCAGACAAAAUUGCCAUAAUUCACGAAGGUGACGAACCAGAGAAUGUUCGUAAAAUAACAUAUGGAGAACUUCUUCAAGAAGUCUGUCGAUUGUCCAACGUACUCAAGUCAAUGGAUGUCCACAAAGGAGACAAAGUAAUAAUCUACAUGCCCAUGAUUCCAGAAGCAGUCGUAGCCAUGCUGGCAUGCGCCCGUAUUGGUGCUGUCCAUUCUGUCGUAUUUGCUGGGUUUUCAUCAGAUUCGCUAAGAGAUCGUAUUGAAGAUUGCGGAGCUCAUGUGGUUUUGACAUCUGAUGAAGGACGUCGGGGUGGAAAGAAUAUCGCGACAAAGUUGAUCGUGGAUGAGGCCAUCAAAGGCACCACAACCACCACAAGUACAGUCCGUCACGUCUUGGUUUACCGCAGAACAGGCUCAGAUGUGCCCUGGACAGAAAAUAGAGAUCUUUGGUGGCAUGAUGAGAUGGCCAAGGCACGCCCUUACUGCCCAUUAACGACCAUGAGUUCCGAGGACCCCUUAUUCUUGCUGUACACCUCUGGAUCUACCGGAACGCCAAAGGGAAUUGUGCAUACUACUGCAGGAUACCUUAUAGGAGCAGCAUCAACAGUAAAAUAUGUGUUUGACUAUCAGCCUGGUGACAUCCACGCCUGUAUGGCCGACAUCGGAUGGAUUACUGGUCAUACUUACAUUGUCUACGGCCCUCUUGCUCUCGGUGCCACCACAGUCUUGUUUGAAUCGACUCCCACCUAUCCUGAUCCCUCCCGUUUCUGGAAGAUGGUCGAGAAGCACAAGGUUACCCAAUUCUACACCGCUCCUACCGCCAUUCGAGCCCUUCGCCGUCUUGGCGACAAAUGGUUGGAAGGCAUCGAUCUUUCGAGCUUGAGAGUUAUUGGGUCUGUCGGUGAGCCAAUCAAUCCAGAGGCAUGGGAAUGGUACAAUGCACAGAUUGGUAAAGGAGAAUGUGCUGUGGUUGACACAUACUGGCAGACUGAGACGGGCUCGAUUAUUAUCAGUCCUUUGCCAGGUGUUACGCCCACUAAACCUGGAUCGGCCACACUUCCUUUCUUUGGAAUCAAGCCUGUGAUUCUAGAUCCUCAGACUGGUGCUGAGCUAGAGGGUAACGACGUAACGGGUGUGCUGGCCAUUUCCCAGCCGUGGCCAUCCAUGGCUCGUACUGUAUACAACAACCACCACCGGUAUCUUGAAACAUACCUCAACCCUUACAAGGGCUUUUACUUCACCGGUGAUGGAGCCAGUCGAGACAAGGAUGGAUACAUCUGGAUUCGUGGUCGUGUCGACGAUGUGAUCAAUGUUUCUGGCCAUCGCCUGUCUACUUCCGAAAUUGAAUCUGCACUGAUUCACCACGAGUCUGUAGCUGAAGCUGCUGUUGUCGGUGGCCAUGACGACCUAACUGGCCAAUGUAUCCAUGCCUUUACUACAUUGAAGCCCAACGUCGAGAUAUCAGAAGGACUUGAGAAAGAACUUUCUCUUCAGGUUCGCAAAGUGAUCGGGCCAUUCGCAACUCCUAAGCGUAUCUAUGUUGUUUCCGACCUACCAAAGACUCGUUCCGGAAAGAUUAUGCGCCGGAUUCUGCGCAAGAUCGUUAAUAAAGAACAUGACGACCUUGGUGACAUUUCCACGCUAGCAGAUCCUUCGUAA